AUGAUAAUUUCAUCUAUCAGAUCUAUCAUUUCAUCACAAUUUUCAGGGCUGUUUCCACUGAUCUCAUCCCUUUUUUUGCACCAGGAGAGGCUGCUUUUACGGGGACGAUGGGACGGGACGAACCAAGGUGCUUCCGAGCUGCUGAACAUCACAGUGGGAACCCAAUCCAUUUCGCCUCUUUAUUGGGCGAUCGAAAGUGGCUCUCUCAACACUGCGAAGGCGAUGUUGGAGGACCUCUUGGUGAUCCGUGCGGAUCGUGACAACUACUACUAUGGCUGUGAUCAACUGUUUGAAAGGCAUCCAGAGAUUAUCCACAAGUUGAACUCGGAUGCUCCGAAUUUGCUGCGCACCCUGCUGGAUGGUCUCGUGUGGAGAUCUCGCUUGAUUCUGCAAGGGGAGAGGAGAGUCAACUACUACGUAAAGCACUUGGUGCAAAACGCUGAUGGCGGUUUCAAUCAAGCGCUGGAGUGGAUCGUGGAAGGCCAAGACCCCAAGAUCAUUUGCCACGACGUAGUGGUCCUCUUCGCCGACAUGCUUUGGUCUGGUUUGGCGGGCCAUUUCUUCUUAUUGGGAAGGUGCUACUUCCUCUUCACCCUGGCGGUGUUCAUCACGGGGCAAUCCAUCUUGCCACAGCUGCAUGAGGACCUCAACAACCAAACUGACGUUCCCUGGCAGGAUUUAGGGCUAAACUUCGCUAGUCUUCAUCAAGAUCUGGAUAUUCGAUCCAUCCUUGGGGACCGGUUCGCUUGGGCAGAGGAUGAGGUGAUUCUCAACUAUACACGUGAGGAUGCCGGAACAUCGGAUGUGGUGUCCCUCUUCGUCAUACCAUUUGGAACCAAUGGUAUCCCCCAGUUUGCGUCAGCGCUUCGAUAUGUGAAGCUGCGCCAUCACAUGCCUAGGUGCAAAGUGAUUCCUUUCCCGGAGUACUUAACCAACAUGAUGCAAGUGGGCAAUUUGGCUCUGAUGCUUUGCUUGCUGAUCCUUUGCACCCAGGGCCAGCUGUUCACGCAGCACUGUGAUGGACAGCCCAACAGCGAAGUCUACUCCACCCUGUCCAUGGUUGCGAUGUUGCUGUACUGGGCCUUGUUGCUGGAUCUGACCAUUUUCUCGAUGCAGAUCUCCGCGUUCACUUUGGUCUGCGGCCGUGUUCUCAGCGAGCUGGGCUUGUUCAUCGGCUCCUUGAUUUUUCUGAUCAUCACCUUCGCAAGUUCCAUCAGCGCUUUGAACCACAACUGUAGCGAUUUCACGAACAUUCCGGCUGGAGCCCUCUCAUUGAUGGAAAUCUCCUUGGGCAUGUUUCCCUCGGAACACUUCCAUCAGAUCCAAGAAGAGGUGGCAGUUCUGCUGACCGUCAGCUUGUUCAUCAUCAUUGUGAUCAUUUUCCUCUUGAAUCUCUUGGUGGCCCAAUUGAACGGUGCCUAUGGAGCCGUCUAUGAUGAUAUGGUGGGCUACGCCCGCCUCACCCGCGGUAGCAUCAUUGCGACUCGGCUCAACCGCUGGGGGUGGCAAUUUCUCGGUGGUGGUGUGUUUUUUCUUCGGCGUCAGGAGCGCCUGGAGUUCAACGAGGGCGAUGUGGGUCUUGCUGGUGGUAUUCAGGUCACGGAACCGGCGAAUGAGCAUCCGACCACUGUCGAGAACAUCCGCCGCUUCGGCGGCUCCACGUCGCCGGCCAUGCCCUGGCCGGCGGAGGAGCACACGCACGGCGACGGCGCGGAGGAUAAGUUGGAUCGCCUGGAGAAGAUUAUCCUGAGAGCCACCAAGAUGCUGGGAAUGAUAUGGUGA